AUGAAUAUUGAAGAGUUUAGAAAACGUGGAUAUGAAGCAAUAGAUAGGAUAUGCCGUUACUACGGGGAACUUGAUUCGGUGAAAGUUCUACCAGAAGUCAAGCCGGGUUAUCUGAAGAAACUGCUUCCCAAACAUGCGCCCGAAGAAGCAGAGCCUUGGGAAGAUAUACAAGCUGACUUUGAGUCUACUAUCUUACCUGGAGUCACUCAUUGGCAAAGCCCAAACUUCUUUGCAUUCUACCCGGCGAAUUCUUCAUUUCCUGCAAUAAUUGCUGAUAUGUUCAGUGAUAUGAUUAAUUGUGUGGGAUUUAACUGGAUAUGCUCGCCUGCUUGCACAGAAUUAGAAACAAUCGUUCUUGAUUGGGUCAGCAGAUUAAUAGGGCUGGAUGAUGGAUAUCUAAGUGAUGGAGAAGGUGGUGGAGUUAUUCAGGGAACAGCCAGUGAAGCCGUUUUAGUAGUCAUGCUUGCUGCUAGGCAGCGUGUAAUUGACGAAUAUAAAAAAAGAGGCUACACAGAAGAAGACAUAGUAACGAAGUUAAUCGCUUAUGGAUCAGAUCAAGCUCAUUCAGCCGUUGAGAAAGCAUCGAUGAUUGUCAACUGCAAAUUCAAAGCUUUACCAAGCGAUGAUGAGUUCUGCCUCAGAGGAUCGUCUGUUCGCUCGAUGAUGGAAAAGGAUAUCGAGGAAGGCCUAAUACCUUUCUUCAUCACAGCAACAAUAGGAACAACAAGCUCAGCUGCAACUGACUAUAUUGAUGAAAUAGCCUGUACAUUGGAAGGUACAAGUGUAUGGCUCCAUAUAGAUGCCGCAUAUGCAGGUGCUGCAUUGAUUUGUCCAGAGUAUCAGUACUUACUCAAAGGGGUCGACAGAUCUCAAUCGUUUAAUAUCAAUAUGCACAAAUGGCUGCUAACAAAUUUUGAUUGCUCGUGCCUAUGGGUAAGAAAGAGAUCACAUUUAUUGAAUGCAUUAUCGUUGACACCAGCAUUUCUCAGGAAUACUGCUAGUGACAGUGGACUGGUGAUCGAUUACAGAGAUUGGCAAAUACCACUUGGCAGACGAUUCAGGUCAUUGAAGAUCUGGUUUGUAUUAAGAGCUUUUGGUGCAAACGGUCUGCGAGAACACAUUCGUAAGUCUGUCAAGUUAGCACGAAGAUUUGAGGAGGAACUCUCUAAAUAUCCUAACUACUUUGCUGUAACCACCAAACCGGCAUUUUCGCUCGUGUGUUUCCACCUCAAACCUCAGAAGAAGACUAACAUGACGUCUAACGAGUUAACAGCUGCCCUAUACAACGGCAUAAAUAACUCGCGUGAACUCUAUGUUACACAGACAAAAUUGGGUUCUCAAACCGUCAUCAGAUUCGUUGUCGGGAGCCCCUGGACGGCUGAACGACAUGUUGUAGAUGCUGUUAAAAAAAUAGUUGAUUUUACAGAAGCAAUUAUCAAAGAUGUCGAGUUGACUAUUGAAUAA